AUGUCGCCCGCUUUACCCUACCUGCGUGGUCUGCGCAAGAGUGACCUCGUCGUUCUCGCUGAAGUAUCUAAUCUCCAAGACUUUGAGGAUUACAAGAAGACAGAGCUUGAGGCUGCACUCGACGACCACCUCUCGACGAACCGUGCCUCGCUUUCCAGCGAACAGAAACUGGCAGACUACUACAGGCGUCUGUCGCAAACAUCGCGCUCGUCUCCUAUCAAGAGAGAACCCAAGCCUGAGCCCAUGAUGUCCGGCGACGACGGCAGGAGACCUAGUCGGUCGAGGCGAACGAUAAAACCAAAGGAGGAGGUCGAAGCCACCAGUGCCAGCAAACAAUCAACCCCGGCCUCUCGCACCCCCCCGCGUCGCCGCUCCCUUCACUUCCCUUCCCUCCCACCGUCCCCCGCAGUCAUCACAGACGCGAUCGAUCGCCAAACCACCAAAGCCCGCCAGUCCAUGUCUGAGGCCUGGGACGCGUCCGGCCUAACCGAACGCUCCGACGCACUACGCUCAUGCCUCAGCAGCGUCCGUACGAUCGAGCUGAUCACCCUCUUUAUGGAGCUGUGUGGUUUGCUUUCCCAAAUUGUCCCCAUGCGCUACCUAACCACGUUCCCCGCGGUGUCAACAGUUGGAACCCCAGAGUACGCCGUUAAGGUCCCUGACGUGUUCAUCCUGCUGGAAGCGUCCUUCUGGGGACCCUUCUCCCUUUGGCUUUCCACGAGCAUAUUCCUACCUUCCGUGCUCGCGUACUUUUGCAACCUAAGCUUGAAAAUUUCACAACAAGGCAGCAGCCAUGCUUAUGGCACACGUCGCACCACUUCCUCAGCAGCUGCAAAGGCUGCCGAAGUGGGUAGCUUCGACCCGCUCGUAUUUAACGUCUCCAAGGCCCUGAUUUCGUACCUGGUGUACACGAGCAAUUGCACGUUUUGGAACAUGUACCGUCAGAUGACGGUUACGACGGUUUCCGGUGCUGUUCCUGGUGGACUGCCUGGUCUGAUGACAGGGGCCGCUAUUGGGACGUUGGGGUCUUUGUAUGAGGCGAUUUUGAGGAGGUAA